GCUGUUCUUUUAUCGCUAAUUUGACUAGCCCAAUUGUGCUUCAUGGGGAAAUAGGCUAUUUAACUUCACAGGUUUUAUUCAAGUCAGAAAUAUUGUUUAAUAUGACCGAAUCUAUCUGAAUACACUGUACAUCGACGAACGUCAUUUUAAGGGGUUAGAGCGAGUAAAAAACAUUUCAGAAACUUGCUGGAAGCCCGUCAAGAAGAUGUUGCAUGGAUUGUUGUAACGGCAUUCUAGUGUCCACAUCGUGUCAUUAGGUAACGUUACAUCUAUGCACCUCCUCAUAAAGAUCAGCUGACCAUCUAAGGGCGUGAAGUUCUUCCAACCUUCUAAAUAUCUGCUUCUACUUCAUUCAAAGAGCAUUUGAACUUAAAGAACCAUGGAUAUUAAAACCGAGUCUGAAGAUAAUCUGGACUGUGAUCGGCCCGCGCCCAUUGAAGUUUUUGCCAGCAGGUCUACGCUCCAUGGCAUCUCACACAUGUUCAGUUAUGAACGCCAGUGCAUCAAACGAUGCAUCUGGAUCAUGUUUUUCAUGGGUUCGUUUUCGUUCUUGGUGCUUGUUUGCGUGGACCGCAUCAAGUUUUACUUUCAGUACCCCCAUGUCACCAAGCUGGACGAGGUCACGGCACCAAUGAUGGCGUUUCCUGCCAUUACCUUCUGCAACCUGAACUCUUUCCGCUUCAGCCGCGUGACGCGCAACGACCUGUACCACGCGGGCGAGCUGCUCGCGCUGUUAAACGGCAGGUGA